AGGGCUGGGUGCUCUACUUGUGGUCAGCAGAGACCUGUUGGUGGUCUGAGACCUUUUCCCAGAGUCUGAACUGCAGAGAAGCUGCUUUGAAGCCCCCUAUGAAGGUGCCAGAAUUGACCUAGAGAGCCUGAGCCAGUCUGUAGCUUGAGAAGGGUUUGCACUCUUGGAUGACAGAGAGUGGGCUGGUAGUGCUCACUGCCUGCUGGACAGGCAGCCAGGCUCAUGCAGUGAUGGGAGCAGUCCAGCAGUGCUCAUUAGAGGCUCCAAGGUUUGGGAAUGUAGUGUUUUCAUCUGGGUGGAAGACAUGUUUGUGUGCUAUCAGCAGAACAGGGACCCAGAACUUGAUUCAAGCUUUGCAUAGCCCAAAAAAGUUUUAGUCUGAUCCAGAGUACAUCUUUUAAGAUGAAUGGAUUGGACCAGAUUUCUCAAAUAGUGCUAGCUUUUAGUAAAUACCCUUUGGGCUCUCAGUGCCUACUGUGAGCAGACCCUUGAUUUUAGGAAACAGUUUAGAAGUGAAAUGUACCUUCAUCCCCUUUAUGUUGCAGGUGAUUGAACCUGAUAAUUCAGUGAGCUGAGGCCAUUUCAAGAGAGGAAUGUUUUAGGACACAGCUGAGUUGUUGAGGGACAGCUGCACUUUGAUCCUAAGAGCUUUGCAAGGCUGAAUUGUAAAGAUCCCAGAAGAUGGUGUCUGCUUGCAUCCUGGUGCCAAGGCACCCACAUCACUGAUGUCACUGGAGUAGCUGUCUCACAAGGAGAAGAUUGGCCCUGCCAGUCUGGGACGGCUGCUGCUCCCCAGGAAGAAACUCAGCUUUCACCACGGCCCUCCAGGACGUCUUCCUGUGGAACCAACAGCUAGGACCAACCUGAGACUUGCAGGCACAGCAAUGGAGAAUUUGGAUGUCCCAGUCCCAGACCUUACUGAAGAACAGCAAGACAUUUUUCAGAGAGCUUUUGCUGCUGAUGCCAAGUACUUGGAGAAUCAUGAGAAAAUGAACCAGUCCUUCUGGGAAUCACUUGUGAAAUGCUUGGCCAUUACUGACCCACCUAUCCUCAAUACCGAAGAAAAGAACAAUCUCCUUAACAGCUGUGAUGUGCUCCCUGAAGGCUGUGCUGCCUGCCUGAAAGCCAUAGAGAAGAAAGGAGCCAGGGCAAUGGUUCUUCUUUACCUUUUGCUGAAGACUUCCAACCCAUCUGGGUACAGGCAGCUGCCCAGCUCCAAGGGAAAGGAUGAAAAGUUGAAACUCCUGAAGAGUUUGGAAAGGAAUUUUGUAUAUUCAGAAGAGGACAAAAAGUCUGAAAACUCAGCCCAGGAGUCCAUGGAUGAAGAUACACAAGACAGUGAUGAGGAAGACUUAGGAAUACAGAAGACUGAAGGCCAGUUACUUGGAGGAAUACCAGCAGAGAUGGUUCCUUACAGAGAUUCAGAGAUUGCCAGAAGAGAAGAUUCAGAUGUAGAUGCUUAUGAGGAGAGCACUCACCCCCCUCAGUGCACAGUACGGUGGAUGGGCAUACGGAAGGAUGAUGAAUUCUUUCAUUUUGUCAUUCUUUGCUUUGCAAUUGGAGCUUUACUUGUUUGCUACUACUACCACAAAGAUUGGACCAUUUCUCUUGGGAUUGGUUUAAUCACCUUUGCUUCCCUGGAAACCACUGGGAUAUACUUUGGUCUAGUGUACCGAAUUCGGAGUGUCCUUGACAGCUUUGUUCCUCUGAUUAACAGAUUCAGGCCAAGAGGCCUGAGGAAAGCUGCCUAGGAGGAGUAUUUCAGGAGAGUUCCUCAAACCUGGCUGUCCAGAUUUCCAGUACUAAAGGAACUGCUUUAUGAGGUGAACCUAACAACCAAAUGGCCAAUGUGAAAUACUGAAAUGUGAAACCUCUGAAAAACUUCACUCCUUUCCCUCCAAAAUAAACCUGAAAUUGGGGUACAGGGCCCCACUCUGGAUUCUGAAGUGGUUUGGGGCUCAGCAGAGCUUGGAAGACAAUGGAAAUACAGCCUUGUGUUCAAUUCCAUUGAAAUACAAACACAGCCACCUUCCCUGCCCCAGGCAGCCAUGUGGUGGUGCAGCUCUCAUUUUACAAACCUCAUCAGUCUGCCUGUGGUGUACCAGAACCAACAGACCAAUGGCCUGUGCUGGUCCUGGCUCAGGCUCUGGCUGUUUCUGUCGGGAUUCUGGCCUCCUCCUCCUCCCCCUGGUGCUGCCCAGAGCAGGCAGAGGCGGGCCCUGCUGUCCCAGCUGAGCCCCGCGGUGCCGGCACUGGGGCUGAUGAAUCGAUUGUGGCAGAACUCGGAGCAGUGGGCGGGCAGUGGUUCCACCCGAGGAGAGCUGGGGAGAUGUUACAGGCACUGACAGAGUGCUGCAGUAAUGAGAUUGUUAUUAACAACAGCAGAUUUCAUCUUUUCUCAGGGGAAAAACAAAGUGCUUGAUUUGACUCAUCUCCCAACCUUUUUUUCUUUGAGUAAAAUAAACAUGAAACUUUAA